AACCCUGGGAAAACACUUCAAUUCAACUUUUGGCUUCUCACUCCUUUAACUUUCUGGCAAAAACCCACGAAAAAUCCCAAACACUGAAACAAUCUCGUCUUCCUUUCUCUCUCCUACUCGAGAGUGAUGGAGGCGACGCAACAGCAACGAAGAUUGCGAGUAAAUUUCAAGGAUCGUGGAAUUCUAACCAAAACCCAGAAAAAAUCUGGUCUCAAGCGUUCAUGGGUUCUUCUCAAACCUCAAUUUCAGACCAUUUCCGAUGUUGUUGCAUAUCUUCUUCACUCCUUUGACCUGCAUCAUUCCUGCCCUAAUGGCAUCGUUCUUUAUAUGGAUGGCUUUGCUCUUCCACCGUUUGAGUCGACUACCAUUUUGAAGGAUAAAGACGUAAUAAGUGUGAAAAGGCUAGGGUCGGGCAUGUCUGGCACGAUGAAGGCUAUUGAAGAGGCCAGGCCUUUCAUUGAAGAUGAAAUAGUAUUGAGGCAACCGUUACCUUCUGCUGUCAGGCUUUUGGCAAAUGAGGAAUUUGAUAAAGAGACUGGAGGCUACCUAAGCGAACUUGAUAAGGAUGAAGAUGAAGCAGAGGAGCCUGUGCAAAUUGCUCGAGAUGGAGAUGUAGCUUCCAAAAAGAGAAAAGCAUCCAGCAGUAUUGAGAACUCUAAGAAAAAAAGACAGCGCCAGGUAACACCCAAACGUGUUGAGAAGAAGGUUGUUGAUCAGCUUACCAAAACAUUACAGAAGAAAAGAAAACUUGCUAAUGGGAGUAAGCAUGAUGGAACCGUAGAUUGUGCCAAAAAUUCGGAUCAAAUAUCCAAGUCUGAUGGAACUGUUAAAUGCGCCCAAAAUUCUGAUCCAAUACCUAAGUCUAUUGUGCUUGAAGAGAAAAAGGAAGAGACUGUACAAGCGUCUGGUGUGCCUAAUGAAGCUAAAAAGGUAUCCAGAGGCACUCGCCGUAAGAGGUUGCAGAGGCAGUGGAGAAAAUUACACCCUGACAAAGCUAAUGUCGAUGAGGGUGAGAAGCAAUUGCAGGCAAAAGAUUUAAAUAAAGAUUCAGGAUCUAAAAAAGAUGCAAGUACAAACAUCAAACAGCUAGCUGAGGAAGAUAGUGACGCAGAUGGUGAUCUUGUCCCUGUAGAGAUUCGGCCCGGACACAUACGCUUCACUCCUACUGGGAAAGCAACUGAUGCUCAAAAACUUCAAGAAGAAAAUGGGGGGGAUGUUCCAUCAGUCCAAAAAAGUUCUUGGGAAGAUGACUCUGCCCAGAAGAAUGUUUGGGAUGUAAACAAUAAAGUAGUGAAGGAACCAUAUUCCUGGAACGGAAUCACAAACAAAAGGAAAGGUCAGAAAUGGGGCAGAGAGAACCAGCCAAACUCCAGGAAGGAAUACAGAGAUUAUAAUGGCCAUUCUUCUAGUUCAAGAGCUAACAGAAACCAACGAACCUCCUCCUGGAAGGAACCAAGAGAUCGUAAUUCAUGGGCUUCUAGAAAACAGCGGGCCAAUGAUUCGUCUACAAAUUUUGAGAAGCUCGUUCCUCUAACUGAUUUGCCUGAGAUCGGCGACGUCCUUGCAUAUCGUUUAUUGGAACUGUCAUCAACUUGGUGCCCUGAGCUGACAUCUUUUCGGGUAGGAAGAAUUACAUGUUUUGAUAAAGAGUCAAAUAAAAUCAUUAUGGUUCCAGAACCCGAAUACCCACUUAAUCUUAAGAAGAUGGAAGGUGGUGAUCACGAUGAUGACGAUGACUCUGCACAACCUCCACAACCUUCCCUCUAUAAUGAAGAUGGAUCCUUAGAGAUAGAUUUCCCUUCUCUUGUUGAUGUACGUAUUCUAAAGCGUGGUGACCCUAGUCAAUCAAAAGCAGUCUCAGCAGUUGCUAAUGGUACCUCUGCCCCUUCGGGACCUUCGGGAUGGAGCAAGGGAAACAAUAUAGAUGGUAAUAGUAAUGGUGCAUCAGAUGUUGGCAAUCAAGAACUUGGUACACCUGAUGCUUCUGGAGUGAGCGAGAGCAACAAAAAAGAUGGAAGUAAUGGUGCAUUAGAUACUGGUAAUCAAGAACUACAGACACCUGCUGCUACUCCUGCAAACGGGAAAAAAGAUGUGUGGGAAGAGAUAAGUGAUGCCUUGUCAGCAAAGAAAUCACAGCUUUCUCAAGAGGAUAGAUGGAACAAGAAAGAGCCUUCAGCUAAACGGUCAUGGUCAUACAGAACUUUAAGAGGGAGUGCUCUUGGCCCUACUAUGGCGAGGUUAAGGGCACAAAAUGGUGUAUGAAGUAUGAACCAUGAAUAGGUGACCAUGAUAUUUUGGUACAUAGCCUCGAAGUGUGAGCCUUGAUCCUCUAAUUACUUGCCACAUUAUCGUGGUUAUUUUUCUGGCGUGUUUAAAUGUAUAGCCUCUUUGCACUGGUCUAUUGUUCAGUGCAAUGAUCUUUUGUGGCCUUUUUAACUAAAUGGUUUCAUGCUACAAAUUUUCGAGGUUAUUAUGUUCACCUUAAUGUAAUCUACAAUCAAUCAAUGAUAUGUACAGCUAAUAGACCUUAAUAUAUGAAUUUCUGCCCUGCACUGUUUGAUUGAA